AUGGCAACCUCAGAGGCGACAGCAAGAGGGUACCGACGGAUGAGCCCGCGCGGCUUCAAUAUUUCAAGGUCGCCGGUGGUGAAAUUGAGCCGAUCCCGGAGCUCCCUCUCUCCUGCUGGGGCUCUCACUGAUGAGGCGAGUGUUAGCCGAAGUCUGGAGCAUGUCGGGGACCGCGAGGCUGCUGGUGAUGCGAAAAAGCGAUAUCGGGUACUGGGCAGUGAGGGCCAGAUUCGUCAGUCUGCCAACCCGGCAGGCGAGGAGUUUAGCCAACCGAAGGCAGAUCUGGGGGCUAAGAUUACCCCGCAGGAAGCUCGCCACCGAAAGCUGAUUCUCGAAGAGUCAGAGGAUGAUUCUCCGUUACCACUGCUACCGACGAAGGGGAAAGAAGAGAACGGGGAUGGGAGGAAGAAGGGGAAAAGAUUGGUGAAGAAAGGGUUGACCGUGGAUGGGCUAGUGGAGGCUUCGGCCUGCAAUGAGUCCAUGCGAAAGGUGAAGGGAUCCUCCUUGGCCCGACGCGGAAAGGCAGCAGGGAGCCCGGCGAAGCAGCGGAAGGAGAAGGAAAGUCGCAAGAAGCCUGCUCCUGUUGGCCCACUUGCCUAA